AAUGUCCGUAGUGUAACUGGUCAAUGCCAAUAGUGCGAUAUUUUCUGUUUGUAGCUAAUGACACUCGAUAUCGAUGUAUGUGUAUGAUUUGCUAUAAAAAGGAUUAACGUCUUGUAUUUCUGAAAUUCAUUUGUUCCAAUUGUCCAUCUUGAAAAAAAAAAACAGUGGAAAGAAGAUAAAACGACAACAGCAUGACUGACACUAGCCAAUGUAAAGUCAAUCAGAGUUACCGUUUUAAAUGGAACAAUUAUCAAAAUCAUCUGUCUAACGUCGUGCGGCAGCUCUUGGAGGAGGAUUGCAUGGUGGAUGUCACUCUAUCCGCAGAUGGUCAACGUAUUCAUGCGCAUCGCAUUGUAUUAUGCGCGUGUAGUAUUUUAUUUCAAGAAGUGUUAAGUCAAGUGACAGAAGAUUAUCCAACGAUUAUUCUAAGUGAUAUAUCUCCUCAGGAUAUAAAGUCAAUUAUCGAAUUCAUAUAUCAUGGAGAAAUUUGUGUUCCUGUUGAAAAUAUCAGUAGCUUACUUGAAGCUGCACUGUCAUUAAAAAUAAAUGGUCUUAUUAAUAUAGAUGGAGUUUAUGAAAAUGAAAUUGUUAAAGGAAAAAAAGAUCAAACAAUGGAAGAAACUAUGUCAAGAGUAGAGGAAAUUCAGGACAAUGCUGAGCCUUUGGAGAAUGAAACUCAUGAACCAAGCACUGCUGAAAAUUGUAUUUCAAAUAAAAAGAAGAAACGACGCCGUGACACUGUAAAGAGAGAAUACAGUGAUGAUAUGUUAGCAUCUGCAAUUAAUGAUUUGAAAUUAGGACAAACUUUAAUAGAAGCUGCUACUAAGCACAAUAUACCACGUUCGACGUUGUACAUGCGGGCAAAAGCAUUAGGCAUACAUUUAAAUGCAUCAAGAAAUGGAUAUCCUGCAGAAUGCAUGAAUGCAGCUAUAAAUGCCGUGAUCAAUGGUUCGAGCUUGCAGCAUGCAUCAGAAAUAUUUAGAAUACCUAAAACUGUAUUAUGGAGGCGUAUACAAAAGGAAGGAUAUCAGAUCUUACGUCGUCAAAUGAAAAGAUCAUAUGCUUUAGACACGAAAGAGGCCGCUGUUAAAGCUUUAGAAAGAGGAGAAAAUUUGACAAAAGUUGCUCUGGAGUUUAAAAUACCAAAGACUACAUUGUUUAGAGAAAAGGCACGGCUAGUAAAUCAAGGUAAAUUACCGUUAUCGUUUUGGAAAAAGCGCAAACCUGAGAAUGAAGAAUCAAAGAAGACGCGAUUAGAAGAGGCUGUAGCGGCUUGUAAAGGUGGCAGAAUGUCGCAGGCUUUAGCGUCUACAACGUAUCGCAUUCCAAAAACUACGAUAUGGCGAAGACUUCAACAAGAUGGAAAAAAAGCGGAAAAAUCAUCAAAUGUGAAAAAGGAACGAUUAACUGAUACACCAGUACUGCAUGACUCUCAGGUGAAAAUACAAGACACGUCCAAUUUCAGUUAUUGCGAGGUUGCAUCAGAAAUACCUAUAACUUAUAUAGACGAGGAUAGUAUACCGCAAGAUUCCGUUAUAAUCCUAACAACGGAAGAAAUGGAUGAAUUAAACUUGGAAGGAGGCAGACAAAUUAUUGUAAAUUCGGUAUGUCAUGAGUCCGGACAAGAAUAUAUUCCAUGUACGAUAAGUAUCGAGAAUAAUUCUAACUAUUCCGAGAGUGAGAGUUAGCGUCAGAAAUUUAAGUAAUUGAAAAGCUAAAUGAAUAGGGAUGGGCGAUACAGAACAAAAUGUUGAUAUUUUGUAUCGCAAUGUAUU